UUUAGGCCCAUCUCCACCAUCAGAAAAUCCAUUGGGGUGAGAGACCCCAGAGAUGUCCUGACUGUGGGAGACGGUUUAGUGACAGCUCGGAUCUGGUCCAACCCUCACACAGGCACCAUGUCCUACACCUGCCCUGACUGUGGGAAAGGUUUUAGCAGGAGAUGGAAUUUUAUUCAGCAUCAGCGGAUCCAUACAGGUGAGAAACCCUUUAAAUGUUCUGAGUGUGGGAAGGAGUUUACCCGGAGUUCCAAUUUGUCACAGCAUCUCCGCGUCCACACAGGAGAGAAACCCUAUAAGUGUCUGGAGUGUGGGAAGGAGUUUACCCAGAUCUCCAAUUUAUCAAAACAUCGCCACAUCCACACGGGAGAGAAGUUGUAUCCCUGCACUCACUGCGGGAAAGCUUUCAACAAUAGCACCUCUUGGAUAGAUCACCAACACGUCCACACUGAGGAAAAACCCUACACGUGUCCCCAGUGUGGGAAGGGCUUCACAGCCAGCUGGGGUCUCACCCAACACCUACGGAUCCAUAGGGGUGAACGUCCCUACAAGUGUCCUGACUGUGGGAAGAGCUUUUCCAGGACCUCUGUGCUCAUCAGGCAUUGUCUCAUCCACACAGGAGAGAAACCCUACUCGUGUCCCCACUGCUCCAAGAGCUUCAGGCAAAGCUCCCACUUGUUGAGACAUCAGCGACUCCAUAGGGGUGAACAACCCUAAAGCUGCUCCCAGUGUGGGAAGAGUUUUUACCAGAGCUACAGUCUCAUCUCUCAUCACCAGACCCACCUCAGCCAUCACCAGAAAUGAAGGGGCAUGGUCAAGGUCACCACAUUUUCCAAGCUUUAGAGUUUCAAUGCUGUGACAUCUUUAAGCUGGUGGGGUUUUUUACCAUAUAAGGCAAAGCAAGGAAGUGAUUAUCACUAUGACAAACUCCUCAGGGGACAUGGCAGGGACAGGCACCCAUAUGGAGCAUUUUAUUAUGACUUUGCAGCAGG